AUGGCAGCUGCAGCCUCAUCGGCUGGCGCUGCCAUUUCAUCAAUGAUAACAUUGAUGAGAAAGCAGAGUUUUCGCGGCGAUUUUGUUCCAUUAAUGGACUAUAAUCAAGAAGAUACAUCAGGUGCCAAUCUUGAAUGGUUAAAUAAACCAGUAGUAAAAUAUAUAUAUCGUCUUACUGGUCUAUUAAGUUUUAUUACCACAUGUAUGAAUACACCCAAAACAUUUGAAUAUCAUCCAUCCCUACAAUAUGUUACAUAUAUUAUUGAUAUUAUCUGUGUAAUUAUAUUAUCAAUUGAAGCAGCAGCUAAAAUGAAAGCAAGAGGAGUAUUAGUAGGUGAAUCAGCUUAUUUACGUGAUCGAUGGAAUCAUUUUGAUGCGAUUAUGGUUUUAUGUAUUUAUUGUUCUAUCUUAUUACAAACUUUAGAAUUAGUUGGUUUUGUAAAUAAAUCUACAUAUUUUACAAUUAUUCGAGCACCACGUCCAUUCAUUCUUAUUAAAGUACUUAAAACAUUUCUCCAAUUUGAAUUACCUAAAAGCCAGAUUAAAUCUAUUCUCCAACGUUCAAGUUCUCAAAUAUAUAAUGUAACAAUGUUUUUUUUAUUCUUUAUGAGUUUAUAUGCUAUAUUGGGUGUACAAUUUUUUGGAUCACUUACAUAUCAUUGUGUUCGACAUGCUACAGAUAUAAAUAAUGUUACAAAAUUUGAUUUAAUGAUUCCUGAUACAUAUUGUUCACCAACUAAAGAUGGCUUUCAUUGUCCCGAACAUUUUAUAUGUAAAAAAAUUGAAAUUCAACGUAGUCUACGUGGUUAUAAUGGUUUUGAUGAAUUAGCAACAAGUUUCUUUUCCGUCUAUGAAUCUGCUAGUCAAGAAGGUUGGGUAUUUUUAAUGUAUCGAGCUAUCGAUAGUCUUCCAUCAUGGCGAGCAUUUUUUUAUUUUAUUACAAUGAUUUUUUUUCUUGCAUGGCUUGUUAAAAAUGUCUUUAUUGCCGUUAUUAUUGAAACAUUUGCAGAAAUUCGUGUUCAAUUUCAACAGAUGUGGGGUGUGCGUGCAGCACCAUCAGAUAUUGCAUCGACAAAAAUACUUCAACGAGUUGAUGAUAAUACUUUAAAAUUAGUUAAUAUUGAUGAAAAUAAAAAAGCAGGCGUUGCACCUGCUAUCUUUGUAAAAAUUAUUCAAUCACCAAUUUUUACAACAGUUGUUAUGGUUGCUGUACUUGCUAAUACAAUUUUUACAGCUACUAUUAAACAUACACAUAAUGAAGCAAUUGAUGAAAGAAAUCUAAAAAUUUAUCAUACAAUCGAAACUUUAUUUACUAUAUUUUUUGAUGUGGAAACAAUUUUUAAAAUAUUUACAAUUGGUUUUAAAAAUUAUAUUCGAAGAUCAAUAUUUAAAUUUGAAUUAAUGCUUGCGAUUGGAACAACACUUCAUUGUAUACCAAUGCUUUAUCGAAGUGCAUUUCUUACUUAUUUUCAAGUUCUUCGUGUUGCUCGUUUACUUAAAUCAAGUCCUUUACUAGAAACUUUUCUUAAUAAAAUAUUUGGUCCUGGAAAAAAACUUGGUAGUUUAAUUUUAUUUACAAUGUGUUUACUUUUAAUAACAUCAUCCAUUAGUAUGCAAUUAUUUUGUUUUAUUUCAAAUUUAAAACAAUUCGAAACAUUUCCUCGAGUAAGUCGAGAUUAUUUCUAUGUUGUUGUUUUUUUCAAUCAUAAGCAAAAAAAUAAACAUUCUCAGGCAUAUAUGUCUAUAUUUCGUAUUGCUAUGAAUGAUGGUUGGACUGAAGUAAUGUAUACAACAAUGAAUGAAGUUUAUAGAUUUGGAAUUCCUAUUUUAUGGCUUACGGCACUUUUCUUUAUAUUUUUCCAUUUAAUAACGAAUUCUGUAAGUUGUCGUAUGUUCCCUGCAUUUAUAUCAAUGUUUCAAGUUUUAACACAAAAAGGAUGGGUUGAUGUUAUGCAUUAUACAAUGUUAUAUAGUAUACAAGAUGUAGCACCAUUUGUUGCUAUUUAUUUUAUUGUUUAUCAUCUUGCUAUUAAUUUGAUUGUACUUUCACUUUUCGUUGCUGUUAUUUUGGACAAUCUUGAACUUGAAGAAGAUGUUAAAAUGGUUAAACAAUUAAAAACACGUGAAGCAAGUGCUGAAACUCAACAAAAAUUACCGUGGCGUCUACGUGUAUUUGAACGUUUUCCUGAUCAUCCUCAAAUGAUUGAAUUAUCACGUUUACCAAAUGAUUUUAUUAUACCGAAAAUUCGUGAUAGUUUUAUGCGACAAUUUCUUGAUCAAGAUGAUAUUUAUACAAUUCCACUUGAACUUUCAACAAAUUUGUAUAGUAAAAAGCAUCCAGUUAGAACAUUACAUAUACCUGAACAUCGACCAACAGGUGAAAGUAUGAAACGAACAGCUGUAUCAAAUAUAAUUCGAAAUGUAAGUAGUCAACGUUUAUUAAGUGGUGAUGCUAGUCAAGUACAUUUGGCAAGUAUGGGUGAUCAAAAAUUAUCAGUUUAUGUUCAACAAAAUAAAAUACGUCUUGAUCGAAAGAAUUCAAUGCGUCGUUCAGGUUUUCGACCAAAACCAGUGCAUGUUGUACGUGAAAAUGGUGAUAUUAGUGCAUUGCAAGGUCGAAUACAAGAUGAUUAUGAUAUAAAAGUAUUUCAAUAUCGUAAACAACAAGCAGAAUUAAAACGAAAUCAACAAGAAGAAGAUCUUCGUGAAAAUCAUCCUUAUUUUGAUACACCUUUAUUUACAAUAUCACGUGAAAGUAAUUUUCGUAAAUUUUGUCAACUUGUUGUUGAAGCUCGAUAUGAUAUUAAUGCCAAAGAUCGUCUUGGACAAGAUUCAAAAAUAAGUCGAUAUAAACAAGGACAUAAAUUUCUUGGUUUAGUAACAUAUCUUGAUUGGAUUAUGAUUAUUGUUACUAUUGUAUCAGCAGUUAGUAUGUCAUUUGAAACACCAAUUAAUCGAGUCGUUGAUCAUCCAUUCUUACAGAUAGCUGAAUAUAUAUUUGUUAUUUGUAUGAGUGUUGAAUUAACAUUGAAAAUAUUUGCUCAUGGUUUAUUUUUUACACCAAAAGCACUAGUCCGAGAUAUUAGUGGUGCUAUUGAAGUAGCAGUUUUUUUUGUUAGUCUUAUUUUUCUUUGUUGGUUGCCACGACAUGUACCAGCUAAUAGUGUUGGACAAUUUUUAAUGCUUCUUCGAUCAACACGACCAUUACGUAUUAUUAUUCUUGUACCUGAUAUGAGAAAAGUUGUUUAUGAAGUUUGUCGUGGUUUCAAAGAAAUUCUAUUGGUAUCUAUUUUACUUGUUGUAUUAAUGUUUAUAUUUGCUAUUUAUGGUAUUCAAAUAAUUGGUGGACAAUUAGCUCGUUGUAAUGAUCGAACUUAUUAUAAUGAACAAAAAGCAUGUCAUGGAACAUUUUGGAGAGAACUUUUUGUAUCAAAAAUGAAUGUUAGUGGAGCUGAUCCAGUUAUGUUAGUACCAAGAGUAUGGGCAAAUCCACAUAAUUUUGAUUUUGAUUAUAUUGGUAGUGCAAUGUUAGCUUUAUUUGAAGUUUUAUCACUUGAAGGAUGGUUAGAAAUUCGUGAUAUUAUUAUGGAUCGUAUGGGACCACAACAUGCUAUUUUUGUUCAUAUAUUUGUAUUUAUUGGAACUUUAAUUGGUUUAACAUUAUUUGUUGGUGUUGUUAUUGCAAAUUAUUCCGAAAAUAAAGGAACAGCUUUGUUAACUGUUGAUCAACGUCGUUGGUUAGAUUUAAAAGGUCGUAUAAAACUUGCUCAACCAUUACGUACACCACCUCGACCAGAAAAUAGUAAAUUUCGUUCUUAUGUAUUCGAUAUAACACAAAAUAAAUUAUUUAAAAAAUCUUCUGCUGUACUUGUUUUACUUAAUUGUGCAUUACUUUAUAAACCAUGGAAAGUCAAUGAACAAAUAACACAAAUAUCUGCAUUAAUAUCAUCUUUAUUUACAUUUUUAUUUCUUGUUGAAGCUGUUAUGAAAUGUAUUGCAUUAGGUUUUGUUGGUUAUUGGCAAUCACGUCGUAAUAGAUUUGAUUUAUUAGUAACUAUAUUAGGAAUUGCUUGGAUUAUAUUAAAUGUUAUAUCAAUUGGAAAAACUGAUCUGCAAGAAUUUAGUAAUACAUUUGGGUUUACAGUAAUUAUACUUCGAUUUUUUACUAUCGCCGGAAAACAUGCAACACUUAAAAUGCUUAUGUUAACUAUUAUUGUAUCAUUUUUUAAAUCAUUUUUUAUUAUUCUUGGCAUGUUUCUAUUGAUGUUAGUAUAUGCAUUUGCGGGUGUUAUUCUAUUUGGUUGUGUUAAAUUUGGUCCUGAACUUGGACGACAUGCUAAUUUUAAAACAGUACCUAAUGCAAUUGUUCUUCUCAUGAGAAUUGUAACCGGUGAAGAUUGGAAUAAAAUCAUGCAUGAUUGUAUGGUUGUACCACCACGAUGUACACGUGGUAUAUCAUAUUGGGAAAGUGAUUGUGGAAAUUCAACAGCAUCAAUACUUUAUUUUUGUUCAUUUUAUAUAAUAAUUACUUAUAUUGUAUUGAAUCUUCUUGUGGCUAUUAUUAUGGAGAAUUUUUCAUUAUUUUAUUCCAAUGAAGAAGAUGCAUUACUUAGUUAUACAGAUAUUCGACAUUUUCAAACUGUUUGGAAUAUGAUUGAUACGGCACGUAAAGGUGUUAUACCAGCUCGACGUGUUAAAUUUUUAUUACGAUUACUUCGAGGACGAUUAGAAGUAGAUGCAGAAAAACUUUAUCGACAUAUGUGUUAUGAAAUUGAAAAAUUAAAUAAUGGUAGUGAUGUUACAUUUCAUGAUGUACUCAAUAUGUUAGCAUAUCGUUCAGUUGAUAUUCGUAAAUCAUUACAAUUUGAAGAAUUACUUGCACGUGAAGAACUUGAAUAUUUAAUUGAAGAAGAAGUUGCAAAAAUAACUAUUCGUAAUUGGCUUAAUCGAUGUUUAAAACGUAUUAAAGCUAAGGAUCAAACAAAUGUGAUUAAAAAUUUACAACGUAGUAAUGAAUUAGCAUUUUUUCGUGAAGCACAAGCUAUAACAACAAAUGAAACAUUGAAAAAGACAUCAACAACAGACAGUGCCGGUAGUGAGGAACGACGAACUAAAAAUGUUGAUGAUCGUCAACAACAAUUACAAAAAGAAGCAUCGACAAAGAAAAAACUUGAUAGAACAAUUACAUUACCAACACCUUCAAUUGAUACAAACAAUUCUCAUUAUCGAACACAAUCAGGCACACGUGAUCUACCAACUGAAACUAAAACAUCAAAACGUCAAGGACAACCACAACAAUUACAACAGAAUAUUAGUUUAACUUUAAGUACUGAUGAAUCAUAUCCAUGGCGUUCUUGGCAAACAGGUCAUUUUAGCAAUGGACGAAAAGAUAUUGAAUCUUGGUGGACUAGUCAAUUCCAAAUGUCAGCUCAAUAG